CUCCCGUUACACCAACACAGACAGGUUUUUGCAGUUUCUGCAGCCAGCUGGGUGUGGUGACCUCUUCGGUUUUUGUCCAUCAUGCUAGAGACGCAUAGGUGACAAUAUUGCGUACCACCGCUGUGCGGUGGUGCGGUUUCAUGCCCCAAGUCUUUCCACAGAGUAUUUUGCAAGCCCACAUAAAGAGUCUUUUGCAAGCCCACAUGGCCGCCGUGGCAUUCAUAGAGUCUUAUUCAUGUGUUUUCUCCAGUUGACACCUAGAUAUUUGCACUCACUGGAGAACCCCAAUGUUUCCCAACAUUUCGAGCUGAAUCUCCUUUGCCGCAAGGUUGCCUUCGACCUCUUUGAGAAGAUGGUGGAGGGCGUCUACAGUGAAUUUCUAUGAAACCUUAUUGUGUAUUCUUGAUUUUUGUAGUACCUUGAACACUGCCUACUGUAAUCGCCGAUCUCUUCUGUAUGGAGUUCCAAUUCAAUUCCCGAUCGCCAGUUGACGCACUCGCAGUUGGAAUCAAAACAUCGUUAUCAGCUACCAGCACCUGUGCAGAAUUUUUCAAUUUUUUGUUCAAUACUGCAAUCUGAUCAUCUUUUUCACGGAAUUCACUUUCCUUAACGGAAAUCUUGAAUUUUAGAACCAAAAUAUUUUCCACUAAUAGAAGAUUUCUAUUUCUUCAAUUAUUUUUAACAUCAGAUCCAUCGUCGUAGAGUCAUAAAUUAUACUGCUGGUUUCAGAAUUUUACACUUCUUUUAUGUUUUUUUUUUCAGAAUUCUCAACUUCAAUUAUGGCACCGGAACUGUGGCACGCCAUUAUUUCUCCACAGCAUUUUCCAAAUUCCACCCUACAGCUAGUGUGAAUGACUAACAAACACUACAUUUUACGCAACUUUUCACCACGUUAUUUCUACAAUAUCCGCAUUUAGGAAUAUCAGAUUGAAGAGCAAUGCUCGCACCGACUUUCUCACUCGACGAAAUAUUGAGUAUAAAAUUAGUCAUUUCACAAAUAAUUGAUAAAAUUCAAGUAUAGUAUAUUUCCUAAUCAUUUGAAAUUGGCAUUGAUAAAGCCCAUACACAAAAAAGGGAACAUAGAUUCUUUUGAAAGUUAUAGACCAAAGAUAUUACACACCAAGAUAGAGCAUAGUGAGAGAGAAAACGUCCUCGAAAUAAGAUAGCUAUAUGUUUAUAUUUUGAUCAGAACCAAAACAAUAAACCACAUACAACGAUUGGUUGAAAGAAUCGUUUUUUCCGAAGUAAGCCGAAGUGAUGAUCAAAACCAAAACAAUAAACCACAUACAACGAUUGGUUGUAAGAAUCGUGUUUUCCGAAGCUAUCCGAAUGAUGCUGAAUUGUUAAGCAGCGUUGGCAAUAUUUUUGGAAAAGUAUAUAAUCCCAGGUUUUCGCUUCCGUUCGAGAGGAAAUAUGACAUAAUUAUUUCAAUGUAAAAUGUAUCGCCUAUUGAAUAAAUGAUAAUACUGACAGUACUAAUGCUUGAUGAAUUCAGGAUAUGUUCUAAGCCAAGUUACAGAAUGAAAUUAUGUUCAUAAAUUUAAUAUAAAAAAAUAAGGAGAUGAAGAAGAAAGAAGUUUGGCAACGUUGUUUAUUUAACAACCCACUUCGAAUGGCCACAUGUUUACAUAUUCUCGAAUCUUGAAUGAUACAAACGUUAUUGUUGGACGAUUUACGUGAAAACGGUGUUAGACAAUAAUUAUUUUUAACUAGAAACUGCAAAAAUGGUGAAUCGCUGUGUGGUGUGCAAAAAGAUCAGCAGUAAAAGCAGUGGGAAAUCCAUGCACCGAAUGCCUAUUUAUAGUGCUCGACAGAAAUUAUGGAUGGACCCGUUAAAACUGAAAAUUUCAGAAUCUUCCAAAUGGGUAUAUGUUUGCUCUGACCAUUUCUGUGACGGAGAUUUCAUCCUUAAAUUUGGAAAAAAAAGUUUGAAAACUGAAGCUAUUCCAUCCAGGAUUUCAUUGCCUGAUCCUUGUUCAAGUAACACAUUAGCGGCUUCAGACAAAAGGUAUAUGACCCAGGACCCAUCAGAUGUUGGUAAAGUUGGGGAGUCCUCAAAAUCGAUUGGUUCUGAAUUAUCAGAAACUUCAGAUUUGUCUGCUACCGCAAGUGCUUCAGAUUUAUCUGCCACGUUGACUGCUUUCGAUUUAUCUGCUACAGACAUGUCUGUUGCUUUGGCCGCUUCAGAUUUAUAAGGCAAAGUCGAUUCCUUAGAAGUAUUUGAUACUGAAAAAUUUGCAGCACCACAUACAAAUACGUGAGUGUAUUGAAUAUUAUUUCGAAUGCAUCAGUUCAUGUUGCACAUCGACUGCUUCAGAUGGAAGGAGUGUGACCCAGACACUCUCAGAUAUUGGUAGAGUAGAGGAAUUCCCAAAACUGAGUGGUUCUGAACUAUCUAAAACUUCAACAGCUUCAGAAUUGUCUGCUAUAUUAACUGCUUCAGAUUUGUCUGCUACAAUUACCAAUUCAGAAUCAUCUUGUACUUUGGCAGCUGCAGAUGUAUCAGACACACUGGUUUCCUCAAAACUACACGAUACUAAAGAAUUCAGAGCAAGAAGGAAAAGAAAAAGUUUUGUUGGUGAUGUAACUGAGGAAGAUUUCAGGUCACCAAAACGAGGAAAAUAUGCCUUCUCUCUUGCUAAACGAAAAAUUGGAGAACAAAAGAGGGCACUGGAAGCAAUGAGGAAGAGAAAAAGAAGGCUCCAACAAAAAAUCUCAGAUCUCUAAUACUUAAUUCAAGUUCAGCUAUGAAUUCAGUAAUCUAAUAAAAGAAUUAUGCUUUUUAAAUAGUCCCUCUUAUUAUAAAUGUUGCAUAUAAAUGUUGAGCUACAGGAUUAUUGUGAUAUGUUUUUAUAAAGGAAUUUUUUGUCAGUAUUAUGUUUUCAAUCAUUUAAUAAGAACAUUCAAUCAUUUAAAUUUAAAGUAUAAUUUUGAUAAAGACGCAUUAACUAUUUUGAGAAUUGUCUGAGUCUUAGUUAAUUUUGUGAGCUCCUUAUUGACCUAUUAAUUUAUGUCAUUGUACUGUAAUGUUUUUCCGGAUGGAGUAGUAUAAUAAUAAUUAAGAAUUGUUCUUAUAAGAUUUUGUUCAUUUUUUCUAUAGGAAUAUUUCUUCUAUUCCUGUUCGACUACAAAAGCAAAUUUUAAUGAAUUAUUGUGAUUAAUUUCUAAAUAAAAUGUAGAAAACAAAAUUUAAGGCUAUAUCACAUAUUAUUUUCUACUGAAAUACUAGCUAUCAACAUGAUCGAAUCUGUAUUUUUGGAAUUAUUGAAAAAAUAAAUUUUUUCUCACAUCAGUGGUUUAGCAAUUUUUUUUGAAAUCUACCUUUAUCAAAAAAUUUCCCUUGGCACAAUAAGUGAACGGCCUAGUGCAAAACCUGA